GCGCUUUAAAUAGCAGGUGUUUGAAAACUGUUCAUGCUCAGCCUGUCACUACUGUAGGUCUGCCUGCUGCGUCCCUCUCUCUUUAACUCCGUCAAAACACACGCGAUGUCAGCCGCCAGCACCGAGACGAGCGCCCAGUUGCCCGCGUCCGCCAGCCGGGUGUUCUUCCAGCCGCCGGCCGGGGUUGGGUGCGCUGGUUCCGGCCCCAUUCCGCGGGAUGACCCGGUCCAGAGGAAGCAGGGAAAAGUGACGGUGAAGUACGACAGGAAGGAGCUGCGGAAGAGACUGAUACUGGAGGAGUGGAUCAUUGAACAACUCAGCGAUCUGUACGACUGUGAGGAAGAGGAGAUGCCGGAGGUAGAGAUAGAUAUUGAUGACCUGCUGGAAGUCAACAGUGAAGAUGAGAGAGCUGUCAAACUACAGGAAUCCUUAGUAGACUGCUAUAAACCCACGGAGGUCUUUGUCAGGGAGUUGUUAGGGAGGAUACGAGGGAUGAGGAAACUCAGUGCGCCCACCAAGAAGGGCCUAUAAUGGUUGUCUACCCACUCUGCUGUGGAUCGGCAAUAACCCAGCUGCAGUUCAUCCACAACGACUGCAGCUAGACCGCAAAUGGACAAGUACAGACUGGACUCAACUGCUCGUGUCAACAUGGAUUUAGCUACCCAGUAGCUUAGUGACCAUUACCCCUAAAUAACUUUACAACAGUACAGCUGAGAUACAGCACCUCUACAGCUGAGAUACAGCACCUCUACAGCUGAGAUACAGCACCUCUCUACAGCUGAGAUACAGCACCUCUACAGCUGAGAUACUGCACCUCUACAGCUGAGAUACUGCACCUCUCUACAGCUGAGAUACAUCACCUCUACAGCACCUCUACAGCUGAGAUACAUCACCUCUCAGCACCUCUACAGCUGAGAUACAUCACCUCUACAGCUGAGAUACAUCACCUCUACAGCUGAGAUACAGCACCUCUACAGCUAAGAUACGUCACCUCUCUGCACCUCUACAGCUGAGAUACAGCACCUCUACAGCUGAGAUUCAGCACCUCUACAGCUGAGAUACAGCACCUCUACAGCUGAGAUACAGCACCUCUACAGCUGAGAUACAGCACCUCUACAGCUGAGAUACAGCACCUCUACAGCUGAGAUACAGCACCUCUACAGCUGAGAUACAGCACCUCUACAGCUGAGAUACAUCACCUCUACAGCUGAGAUACAUCACCUCUACAGCACCUCUACAGCUGAGAUACAUCACCUCUCAGCACCUCUACAGCUGAGAUACAGCACCUCUACAGCUGAGAUUCAGCACCUCUACAGCUGAGAUACAGCACCUCUACAGCUGAGAUACAGCACCUCUACAGCUGAGAUACAGCACCUCUACAGCUGAGAUACAGCACCUCUACAGCUGAGAUACAGCACCUCUACAGCUGAGAUACAUCACCUCUACAGCUGAGAUACAUCACCUCUCUACAGCUGAGAUACAUCACCUCUACAGCUGAGAUACUGCACCUCUCUACAGCUGAGAUACAUCACCUCUCAGCACCUCUACAGCUGAGAUACAGCACCUCUACAGCUGAGAUACAGCACCUCUACAGCUAGUUACACCUCUACACCUCUACAGCUAGUAACAGUCUUUAUGUGACUAAAAUGCUGCUAACUAUAAUUUCACGCCCUAUCUCCACACUACAGCCGUAUCCCUACACUACAGCCAUAUCCCUACACUACAGCCGUAUCCCUGGACUACAGUCGUAUCUCUACACUACAGCCGUAUCUCUACACUACAGCCGUAUCUCUACACUACAGCCGUAACUCUACACUACAGCCGUAACUCUACACUACAGCCGUAACUCUACACUACAGCCGUAUCCCUACACUACAGCCGUAUCCCUACACUACAGCCGUAUCUCUACACUACAGCCGUAACUCUACACUACAGCCGGAACUCUACACUACAGCCGUAUCCCUACACUACAGCCGUAUCCCUACACUACAGCCGUAUCUCUACACUACAGCCGUAUCCCUACACUACAGCCGUAUCCCUACACUACAGCCGUAACUCCACACUACAGCCGUAACUCCACACUACAGCCGUAACUCUACACUACAGCCGUAUCCCUACACUACAGCAGUAACUCUACACUACAGCCGUAACUCUACACUACACUACAGCCGUAACGCCACACUACAGCCGUAACUCUACACUACAGCCGUAUCUCUACACUACAGCCGUAUCUCUACACUACAGCCGUAAAUCCACACUACAGCCGUAUCUCUACACUACAGCCGUAUCUCUACACUACAGCCGUAACUCUACACUACAGCCGUAACUCUACACUACACUACAGCCGUAUCUCUACACUACAGCCGUAACUCUACACUACAGCCGUAACUCUACACUACAGCCGUAACUCUACACUACAGCCGUAUCUCUACACUACAGCCGUAACUCUACACUACACUACAGCCGUAACUCUACACUUCAGCCGUAUCUCCACACUACAGCCAUAACUCUAAACUUCAGCCGUAUCUCUACACUACAGCCGUAUCCCUACACUACAGCCGUAACUCUACAGUACAGUAUCCCUCACUACAGCCGUAUCCCUACAUUACAGCCGUAACUCUACACUACAGCCGUAACUGAAUAUCAUAACACACUAUAACACACUAUAACAUACCAUAACACACCAUAACACACCAUAACACACUAUAACACACUAUAACACACCAUUACACACUAUAACACACUAUAACACACUAACACACCAUUACACACUAUAACACACCAUAACACACUAUAACACACCAUAACACACCAUUACACACUAACACACCAUUACACACUAUAACACACCAUUACACACUAUAACACACCAUAACACACUAUUACACACCAUUACACACUAUAACACAUUAACACACUAUAACACGCCAUUACACACCAUAACACACCAUUACACACUAUAACACACCAUUGCACACUAUAACACACCAUUACACACUAUAACACACCAUAACACACUAUUACACACCAUUACACACUAUAACACAUUAACACACUAUAACACAUUAACACACUAUAACACGCCAUUACACACCAUAACACACCAUUACACACUAUAACACACCAUUACACACUAUAACACACCAUUACACACUAUAACACACCAUUACACACUAUAACACACCAUUACACACUAUAACACACCAUUACACACUAUAACACACCAUAACACACCAUAACACACUAUUACACACCAUUACACACCAUAACACACUAUAACACACCAUAACACAUUAACACACUAUAACACACCAUAAACACCAUUACACACUAUAACACACCAUAACACACCAUUACACACCAUAACACACUAUAACACACCAUGUUAUAUCCACGCCAACUUCUCUCUCCACUGUAACCCAGCAGCCAUGAUCCAACUACGGUCUCUUAAUAGAUCCCCCAAAGUGCUUUAACCCUCUGUUGUUAUCAGGGUGUAUGUAGACAAGGCCCUAGCUUGGGGAGCGACAGAAAAUAUACACUGCGUCAUAGUUUUGUUUUUCCUGUGUUUAAAAAAACAAAAAAACAAACAAUAUAUGUUGUUUAUUUGCCAUUUUGAUUAAUAUACAGUAUGCCCUGUUCUAACUCAAGCCAGGGGAAUGUUCUAGUCUUCAGUCUGGAAAGCUCCUAGUCCCUUUAACAUCUGAUCUAGAGGAACUGGGUACCAGAACCACGUUGGAGGCUCGUCGGAGCCAUCGUCUUGUUGCUUAUGAAACUGACGUCAAUGUGUUUGCUGACACAUAUAAAAUCAUCAGAUUCGAUAGCGCCAUUGACGACGUUUCAAGCUAGCUGUGGAGUGAUCUUAACGGGCAGGGUUCCUACCACCAUAACAGAAUCACCUAUCCAGCCCCUUCAGAAACACAAGGGGAGAUGGGCUUUCAGAACACACUGGAGUUCUGAAGAGUCAUCUGUUCUAGAACUGUCCUUGUUGACACGAGGCAUAAUGGGUACUGUAGUUCUUUAGUUCUUCCUGAAGGGUACCUGUAUGAUUGGUGGUCCUGAGCUGGUCACGUCACAUCCACUGUUUUCUCCACAGCUAUUCCCUGUUGAUAGUUGAUGUCAUUGAGAGUUUAUCCACAGUAUGGGGUUUGUGGCGAGCUCAAGCACAACAUUAUCAGAACUCUGAGGUGACAUUUAUAAAUGCCUGGUUCAAUCGCUUUUUACAUUUAUUAAGUAAUUUAGCAGACUCUCGGAUCCAGAGCCACUACAGUAGUGAGUCAUUUAACAGACUCUCUGAUCCAGAGUCACUACAGUAGUGAGUCAUUUAACAGACUCUCUGAUCCAGAACCACUACAGUAUUGAGUCAUUUAGCAGACUCUUAUCCAGAGCCACUACAGUAGUGAGUCAUUUAGCAGACUCUUAUCCAGAGCCACUACAGUAGUGAGUCAUUUAGCAGACUCUCUUAUCCAGAGCCACUACAGUAGUGAGUCAUUUAACAGACUCUCUGAUCCAGAGCCACUACAGUAGUGAGUCAUUUAACAGACUCUCUGAUCCAGAGCCACUACAGUAGUGAGUCAUUUAGCAGACUCUCUGAUCCAGAGCCACUACAGUAGUGAGUCAUUUAGCAGACUCUCUUAUCCAGAGCCACUACAGUAGUGAGUCAUUUAGCAGACUCUCUUAUCCAGAGCCACUACAGUAGUGAGUCAUUUAGCAUACUCUCUUAUCCAGAGCCACUACAGUAGUGAGUAAUUUAGCAGACUCUCUUAUCCAGAGCCACUACAGUAGUGAGUCAUUUAGCAGACUCUUAUCCAGAGCCACUACAGUAGUGAGUCAUUUAGCAGACUCUCUUAUCCAGAGCCACUACAGUAGUGAGUCAUUUAGCAGACUCUCUUAUCCAGAGCCACUACAGUAGUGAGUCAUUUAGCAGACUCUCUUAUCCAGAGCCACUACAGUAGUGAGUCAUUUAGCAGACUCUCUGAUCCAGAGCCACUACAGUAGUGAGUCAUUUAGCAGACUCUCUGAUCCAGAGCCACUACAGUAGUGAGUCAUUUAGCAGACUCUCUGAUCCAGAGUGAAAUAAGCUCCGAUUUCUAUAGUGGAGGAUUUUAGUGUUAUUUAUUGUAGUAUUUUUUGGGUGGGUCUAAUCCUGGAUGCUGAUUGUUUAAGGUACCACCGGCUAAGGCUAUGACGUUGAAUAGCCUAUUCACUAUUACAUCUGAGUGCGCAAUCCACUGUCUCAUCAGCCCAGCCAGCCAAUUUAUAAAUAUCCACUGUCUCAUCAGCCCAGCCAGCCAAUUUAUAAAUAUCCACUUUCUCAUCAGCCCAGCCAGCCAAUUUAUAAACUAGAUCCCACUGUCUCAUCAGCCCAGCCAGCCAAUUUAUAAACUAGUUCCUCACUGUCUCAUCAGCCCAGCCAGCCAAUUUAUUGACUUGAUAUCCGCUGUCUCAUCAACCCAGCCAAGCAAUUUAUAAAUCUCCACUGUCUCAUCAGCCCAGCCAGCCAAUUUAUAAACUAGAUCUCCACUGUCUCAUCAGCCCAGCCAGCCAAUUUAUAGACUUGAUAUCCGCUGUCUCUUCAGCCCAGCCAGGCAAUUUAUACAUUUCCACUGUCUCAUCAGCCCAGCCAGCCAAUUUGUAAACUAGAUCUCCACUGUCUCAUCAGCCCAGCCAGCCAAUUUAUAGACUUGAUAUCUGCUGUCUCAUCAGCCCAGCCAGCCAAUUUAUAAACUAGAUCUCCGCGGUCUCAUCAGCCCAGCCAGCCAAUUUAUAAACUUGAUAUCCGCUGUCCAGCUUUCAGUGUGCAUGUUUUAUUAGCAAGAUCCAGGACACAUUUUGAUGACCCAGAACCAUUUUAUUUGACCAAAAUGAGUUUUGCUUUUGUUAUACAUUAUUAUGAAGAUUAUACUGCUAUUUCACACCAAGACUGUUUGCUUUUUAAGUGUAUUUGUGGUAUUACAAUAAAGAGACAGAAAUACUUUUGAA